AUGGGAUACGUAAACCUUGUAUUUUUUAUGAUAUAUCCCUUUCUCUUUCAACUUGUUUUGUCCUCAUCCUCACCUCAUUUAUGCCCUAAAAAUCAAGCUCUUUCUCUUCUACAAUUCAAACACAUGUUUACAAUAGAUCCUAAUGUUUCUAAUUAUUGUAUCGGCAUAGGAGGCCAAUGGAUUCAGUCAUAUCCAAAAACUCUUUCAUGGAACAAGAGCACAGAUUGUUGCUCUUGGGAUGGAGUUCAUUGUGACGAGAUGACAGGACAAGUGAUUGAGCUUAACCUCCGUUUCAGCAAACUUCAAGGCAAGUUUCAUUCCAAUAGUAGCCUCUUUCAACUCUCCAAUCUCAAAAGGCUUGAUUUGUCUUAUAAUGAUUUUUCUGGGUCGCUCAUUUCACCAAAAUUUGGUGAGUUUUCUAGUUUGACGCAUCUUGAUUUGCUUCUUACAAGUUUUACAGGUCUAAUCCCAGCAGAAAUCUCUCACCUUUCUAAAUUACGGGUUCUUCGUAUCCGGAUUACGUGGGAUAUUGCCCAAAAGAGUUUUCCACCUUUCCAACUUAGAAUCUCUGGAUUUAACAAACAAUCCCCAGCUCACAGUUAG